GUCACGUGAUCGUUGGGUCAGCUGACCCGCGGCGACCAGAACAAGACCGUCCUGGGCGGAGCCUCCUGGCGCGAUGAGGUUCCGGUUCUGUGGAGAUCUGGACUGUCCCGACUGGGUCCUGGCAGAGAUCAGCACAUUGGCCAAGAUUUCUUCUGUGAAGCUGCGGCUGCUGUGUAGCCAAGUGCUAAAGGAACUUCUGGGACAGGGGAUUGAUUAUGAGAAGAUCCUGAAACUCACUGCUGACGCCAAGUUUGAGUCUGGUGACGUGAAGGCCACAGUCGCGGUACUGAGCUUCAUCCUCUCCAGUGCGGCCAAGCACAGUGUGGACGGCGAGUCCUUGUCCAGUGAGCUGCAGCAGCUGGGGCUGCCCAAAGAGCAUGCAGCCAGCUUGUGCCGCUGUUACGAGGAGAAGCAGCCUCUGCAGGAGCACCUGCGGGCCUGCAGCCUGCGCUUGAACAGGCUGGCAGGUGUGGGCUGGCGGGUGGACUACACCCUCAGCUCCAGCCUCCUGCACUCCGUGGAAGAGCCCAUGGUGCACCUGCGGCUGGACGUGGCACCGGCCCCCGGUGCCCCAGCCCAGCCUGUGACCAUGUCCCUGUCAGCAGACAAGUUCCAGGUUCUCCUGGCAGAACUGAAGCAGGCCCAGACUCUGAUGAGCAACUUGGGUUGAGGAGAAGGGGGUUCCCAGCCUGGCUGGAGCUGCCUACCUGUGUCAAGUUGCUGCCCUCCAAACUGCUCUCCAGGGGUGGCCCCAGUUCUAGGAUGCUGGAGCCCUGGCCUCCCACUUGAGACUUCAGCAUAGGCUCUUGGGGACCUGUUCCAGCACUGCCUUCCCUCUCCUUGAAAGAAAGAUCCUGUCAACUCUUUUCAUGAGCAGGAAGAAUAAACAGAAUUAUA